GGGGAGGAGUGCACAUUCAAAUGAAGCGAUUUUCAGCUGCAAAUCAAUGUCCGACUUUCUUCGUCUUCUUCCUCUCCUCAUCGCCGCAAGCGACGAAAGAGAAGGAGGUGGAGAGAAAUUGUUGAUGAGUUGGCAGAAGAGGCGAACGAUCUGUGACGAGUGCCAGAUAGUUGACGACUUUAAUCCUGAUUUACGACGUGCUCUGGACAGAUUUAUGAAUGCGAAUUUCUCGCGUUGAGAUCGGGAGUGGGGACGAUGCUUUCCAAAUUUUUUGCGGUGGAUUGACCUCUGCCUCGUGUGGCUUUCGUGCUUCUUGACCGUGAAGUGAGUCGGGCUCCUCCCUAACUUCUCGUUGAUGCAAUCUCGCAUCUGUUCGUUCUUGUUGGACGUAUCCAGCCUCUCUUCGAAUAGUGUACCUUCUGCAACUUUCCUGGGAUUGCUUGUCAUCCCUUUUUCUUCUCAGCGUUCUGAGAAAGCUCAACAUAGAUUCUCUGGCAUCUGGUUCAGUCCGUGAAUGUGAAACAGUAGAUGUUCUUCCCAAGAUUUGUUGGAAAUUACGGGACCCCAUUCCGUUUGUGCCUCUCGUGGCGUCAAAUGUAGAAGAGAUAAACUAUUUUGUACUUUCCCUUGCGUCAACUAGUGGCGUUAAGGCUUGCACUCUGGGAAUUCCACUCUUCUGUCAAAUCGAUCGGCUUGUGCUGAGCCUCAUGGGAUUGUCACAUAUGUUUUCAUAGAGCCGAGGUACAGUCGAUCGUUGACUCAAAUUGAGCCGCUUCUGAUUUUUUUCCCCCGAUCUCUUGUAGCUUGAAGAAAUGAGCAAUAAAACCAGGGCGUUUUACCUCCAAGCUCUUUAUCCAUCAUGCUCUGAAAUUUUUUCCUCCCCCUUUCGAGUGUAGUCGGAUGCUAAUGGUUGAAAUUUUAGUUUGCUGUCAACAUCUGUUGGUUUCCCUACACUCAGUAGUAUUUUCGUAUCGGAGUUCAUCAUGGCUACUAGAAGUAGCAACUUUAUAUUAUCUGCGUCCGCGCUUGUAGCUCAGAGCCCGCCGUCCCUGUCAAAUUCCCAGACAAUAGAUUGCAAAUUCCACUAUCCACAAUCUUCUCCAACGAAGGACAAGAAAGACCUGCCUCUUCUACAAGUUCCCGGCCAAUCUGGUCGAUUCUGCAGCCUUGGACAGCCCAGGAGGAGGGAUGUUUGUGCUGGAGCGAUGCUGUACAAUUCUAAUGUCGAAGCGGGAAGUGAUGGAGCGGAGGAUGAUGGAGAUCAGACAUGUCAUCCCUUGGACCGUGGCCUUCUAAACCAGCAACAAGUUAGUCACGACGGGAAACUGCCUUGGCAGCAGAACACUGAACAGUGCGUUGCAGGAAGCAUAGAUCAAAUCAACUCCAGUCAUGCCGCAGGUCCUGCAGGUGUUUUCGAAGGGAGCCGACUGAAUGGUAACGGCUGGAUACCACUCCGUGAUCAUUAUCUCAAGGGGAAUAAGCAGUACUAUCCACAUGCAGGCGUAUCUUCAGCGUCAGUAAGGGUCAGAGAUGGCAACCAAGAAUCAUGCAAUGCUCACAGCUCGGAGGGAACAUUGCAGAAUCAUCAUCCCACACUAACGAAAUUUGAACCGGAAGAUCGUAACCCUCACGAGGUUCUUCAAGAGGCAAAAGGGAAAGAAAUUGCUGGCUGUAUACUGGCCAUCAAGCGGCUAAGACUCGCAUGUAAUAGGACUAUUUCUAAGACACUGAGGUCUUUCAAGGGUACCAUUAUAGGUAACAGGAAGGCCGCUGACGGCAUUCUCACAUCUGACGAAACUGACUCUGAGCCAAGAAUUGCUGAAGGAAGUGACGAAGCCACUGAAAGUGACAAGCCUUCCGGCAGUUCUCGUGACGAGGAGCUUGAUGAGAUCCCGUGGGACGUGCUGAAGCGACUAUGGGAGAAUCCUGCUUUCGUAAAAUUUCGAGUUUCAAUUUCGAUGGCCAAUCUUACGAUGGCGUUGCCUACUUUUUUGUCUCGGGCUCUGCCUCUUCUCUCAAGUUCUCCGCUGAAGGGGUUCUCCUUUCCAGUUCUGGCUCCAUUGCUCUUUGGUGGAGGAAUUGUUUUUAAAAGUGCAGUUUCUAAUCUUGGAUUCGUGCUACCUCGUAUGUUGAUGUCGAUGGCAAUUAUGUGGGUUUUAUGGGCUUUAAAUCACGUCAUUCAGGAGGCGAUUCAACACCUCAGAGACAAUGGUACUUUCGAUCGAAGGGUAGCUAGUGUGCUUGUAUUGUUCUUUGAGUUGACCUUCAGUGCAAUUGCAGUUGUGACAGUCUUAUCGAGCAUCGGCUUAAAUGUCAAUUCUUUGCUUCUGCCGUCUUUUCUGGCUCUCGCGUUAGCUGGAAAGGAUGUUUGGCAAAAUUACUUUGCAGGGUUUUUCCUGUUUGCCGCUCAGCCCUUCAGACCAGGACAUACUGUGGCCCUUAUGUGCGGACAAGAAACGACCGGAGCGUCACCGACAACCAACCCCGGAGUGAUGAAGUCAGGUUGGUUCGAAGGGGUCUGUGAAGCUGUUGACCUGCGCUACACAGUUUUGCGCAACGGUCGACACCGCUUGAUGGUGCCUAAUGCCAUCUUCGUCAAGAGGAGUUUUCUUAUCAUUGACCCUGAGCCACAACCACUACCUUCCGAAUCUUCAAAGAAGCAGCACAGUCCACGAGCAAAGCCAAAGCAUCGUUCAAACAAGGUAGAUAGUGCAAUAAAAGUUUGCAGUCCACCGACAUCAUCAUCAGCUCCAAGCUUGUCAGCAAUUGCUCCGGAACCACUCGUUGGAGCUGAUGUGGGAAACGGAUCUAUGAGCAAAAGACCAAGCGCCGACAUGAAUGGUUCUGCACUGCUGCAUGGUUAAGCCAGACUUCAGUUAGGAUCCGAGGAUGUUUAAGAGUUAUGAUUCAUCUAUACACAAUGUUCAGUAACAUGUCAUCCACGCGAGAGAAUUUUGGAAGUCGAAUGGUUCUCACCAGGUUAACCUGCAUGGCUGGGUGUGCGGUUGCCGGGCCAUUCUAAUUUUUCCACAACUAAUUGAAGAAUAUAUUUAAAUAUAAAUGUUAGACAAAAAGCCAAAUCAUUUCAAUUUCAUAUUCCAGUUCCUCAAGCCAGGAGUGUCACAAGCAUCCAUAGCUAUUACAGGCACAGAGCCACCUUCACUACUUGAUCGCCCAGAACGGAUGACUUUAAAUAUAUCUGGCUUGUUUGGCCUACGCAUAGCAAAAUGCGACUGUUCUCUUCUUUCUCGUCAUCCAGAGAGCACUUCAGGAGAGUCUGAUAGUCAUGAGGAAACAGAGGAAGGCUGGAUAUCAAGGUAGAUGAAGGGAGACGGAGGCUCGUGCGGGCUGAGCCCACAUAGUUGUUGAAUUUUCAGCAGAGGAUGAAUUGUCAAGAAGCUUGUCCCACUUAAGAAGACAGCACAAGUAAAGCAUGAGAACGUAAUUCUCACAAGUUAGACAUGAAUCAUCUGAUCAUGUUUGAAUGACAUGGUUACGCGCUUUCAGCCAUAGUGCUAACC